UAACCACCGCGCAUCCUGAUCUGUAGCUCCCUUAAUUGAUUACACUGCAAGGAUGAAACACUCGCCAUCCCCACUCGUGCAUGAGAGAUGGGCAUUGCAUGGAGUGGGAUGAGGCUGAAUCCUAAGGAUGCUGUACCAUUUCAGUUUUGCAGGGGAACAAAUCUGGUGCUACCUAUGCAAUUAAUGACACCAGCUGCCUAAUGACUUUGCCUAAUGACCAAAUUGUACAUUUUCAAUAAGAUUUUUUUAUGUCUAUGCACAAUGUAUAUUUCUAAGCCAGAAAUGACUUUCCCUCUGUGGAUGAAUGACCGUGUGUCUAUUUGCAGGACUUACAAUGGCGUGGCGUAAACUUGCUCUGUGUCUGGUGCUGCUGCUGCUGCUUUGCACUGUGGAUGCAGGGGAGAAAGCAGGGGGCAAGAAGGGAAAGAAGCCAAAGGUCGUCUGUCCCUCGCAGUUGUCAGCCGAGGACCUGGAUCGAGUCCCUGGUAAUUCAACCAGCAACAUUCUCAAUAGGCUGCUGGUUACAUACGAUUCCCGCAUAAGGCCCAACUUUCAAGGAAUACCUGUAGAAGAUAAGGUGAACAUUUUCAUCAACAGUUUUGGAUCAAUUCAGGAGACAACAAUGGACUACCGUGUUAACAUCUUCCUAAGGCAGCGUUGGAAUGACCCUCGGUUACGCCUCCCAGCUGACUUCAAGUCGGAUGCCUUGACAGUGGACCCCAAGAUGUUUCAGUGCUUGUGGAAACCUGACCUGUUCUUUGCUAAUGAGAAGAAUGCCAACUUCCAUGAUGUGACACAGGAGAACCUUUUACUAUUUAUCUACCGCAAUGGAGAUGUACUCAUCAGUAUGAGGUUAUCCAUCACUCUCUCCUGCCCCCUUGACUUGAGGCUGUUUCCAAUGGAUACCCAACUAUGCAAGAUUCAACUUGAGAGCUAUGGAUAUACGACAAAAGACCUUGUGUUCAUGUGGCAGUCAGGCGACCCCGUGCAGAUGGAUGAGAUUGCAUUGCCUCAGUUCGAUGUCAAGCAGGAGGACAUUAAGUACAGCAACUGCACCAAGUUCUAUGCUGGGACAGGUUACUACACGUGUGUGGAGGUGAUCUUCACACUGCGUCGGCAGGUGGGCUUCUAUAUGAUGGGUGUGUAUGCGCCUACUCUGCUCAUCGUGGUGCUCUCCUGGCUCGCCUUCUGGAUCAACCCUGAUGCCAGCGCAGCCCGGGUGCCCUUAGGCAUUCUCUCUGUCCUGUCCCUGUCUUCUGAGUGCACAUCUUUAGCCUCAGAGCUGCCUAAGGUGUCCUAUGUGAAGGCCAUUGAUGUCUGGAUGAUGGCCUGUCUUUUCUAUGGCUUUGGCUCCCUGGUGGAGUAUGCUGUUGUCCAGGUGAUGCUGAACAGCCCAAAGCGGAUUGAGGCAGAGAAAGCAAGGAUGGCAAAAAAGGAGAAGGAGAAAGAGAAGGCAGAGGCAAAGAAGACUCCCUCCAAAACCACCCCCAAUUCUAUCAAUGGCACCGGAGGCACUCCUAUACAUGUCAGCACAAUACAGGUUGUGGAGACCCGUUGUAAGAAAGUCUGCACCUCAAAGUCGGACCUGCGUUCCAAUGACUUCAGCAUUGUUGGCUCCCUGCCCCGGGAUUUUGAGUUAUCCAACUUUGAUUGCUAUGGGAAACCCAUCGAAGUCAACAACGGUCUUGGCAAAUCAAAGAACAAGAACAACAAGAAGCCUGCGCCCCCUAAACCUGUGAUUCCCUCAGCAGCCAAGCGGGUGGAUCUCUACGCCCGCGCCCUCUUCCCCUUCACCUUCCUCUUCUUCAACGUCAUCUACUGGUCUGUGUACCUGUGACCUGCGCGUGGGGACACCUGUGUGGGUGCAGAGACAAAAUGAACACACAAAAACGUACAUAUAGCCCUCCAGUUUGAAUGUGUGUAUGUUUGAACUUGUGUACGUUUGCAUAAAAAAACCCAUUUGAUUUCAUUUCAACUCAGCUCCUAAGUCUACAACUUUCUGUUGAGAUGGCUUGUGUUUUUGUUCGUUUUAUAACCUGCAUUUUUUUUUAAAACACCACAUGCCAGCUGUCCUGUUCUAGAGACUUCUGUACCCGUGGUAACAGCUUGCUCGAUGGAGUGAUGCUGUGCUGCUGGAAUUUUGAAUCUCUGUGGAGGAUUUAAAAAAAAGCCUGGGUGCCAUUACUGCAGGUACUGCCAAACCCUGUCAAUUUACUAUGCUGAGGAAAGGAGGAGCCAUGAUGGGACUGACUGUGUGUUUUUGAGUUUUUGCCACAACCUACUACUGUGGUAGUCUGCCAAGAUGUCUGUCAAAACCAGGAGUUUUCCAAGGGAUGUGCGUUCUCUAGUGCUCAAGUGUUUUUGUUUCUGUUUCGGUUUCGGUUGUUUUGCACUGAACCUUCUAGCCUUCCUAGUCUUGACAUUUCCCAGUAUUCAAGCGCAAAUUUAAACUGCAUAAUUGUUGAAAGCUUGUGUGUGUGUGCAUGUGAGUGACUUAAUUUUGCAUACGAACUGCUUCAAAGUGUGUGCGUGCUUGCGUGCGUGUGUGUGUGUGUGUGUG